AUGUCCAAGGCACGCGUCAUCUACUGGUUCCGCACCGACCUGCGGCUGCACGACUCGCCCGCGCUCCAAGCAGCGCUGGACCUCGACCCGGCGGUCCUUUGGCCGAUAUUCACGUGGGACCCUCACUACGUGUACCGGGCCAGGGGCGGGCUGAACCGCUGGCAAUUCUUGCUGGACUGCCAGAAUGACCUUUCGGCGUCCAUCAACAAGCUGAACCCAAAGUCCAAGCUUUUCGUGCUGCGGGAGGCGCCGCAGACGCUGUUCCCCAAGCUCUUCAAAGCCUGGGACGUGACGCACAUCGUGUUCGAGAAGGACACGGACUCGUAUGCCCGGCGGAGGGACGCCGUUGUGACCCAGGCCGCGCGCGAUGCCGGCGUGCGCGUCAUCACACGAUGCGGACGGACCCUGUGGGACAGCGACCGGGUCGUGAUCGCCAACGGGGGCGAACCGACCAUGUCCAUCACGCAGCUCCGGGUAGCGGGCGCAAAGGUCGGGCCCAUACCCCUGCCGAUAGCGGCGCCCACCACUUUGCCGGACCCCGGCGAGAUGCCGGUUGACUUUGAGGUGCACCUCCCAAACGCCGAAGCGUCCAUCGACAUCAACUCCAAGUGGAGGAGUGAGGGCAAAGACACAACAUACGGCAAAGGCAGUGUGGGUGAAAUUGCAGGCCCGAAUGGUGACUUUGCUGUCGAAACCCUCGCCGAGCUGGGAUACCCGCCUGCAACCACACCACACAAGGGCGGGGAGACGCUAGCGCUUCAGCGGCUGGACGAGCUGAUGGCGGACCAAGAGUACACAGCCACAUUCCGCAAGCCGCAGUCCAGCCCUGCCGACUUUGAUCCGCCGUCGACGACUCUGCUGUCGCCAUUCUUGCACUUCGGCGCCUUAUCGGUCAGGCUCUUCUAUCACCGUGUUCAGGACGCUGUGGAUGCCUAUGUCAAGUCGCGGAAGAAGGGCGCGUCGCAGCCGCCCGAAAGCCUGACGGGCCAGCUAUUGUUCCGCGACAUGUACUUUGCGGCGCAGGCGGCCAUCGGGGACGUGUUCGGGCAGACUGCGGGUAAUCCGCGCUGCAGGUUCAUACCGUGGCAUCUACCAUCACGGCUCGAGGGCGACGCGGGCCCUCUCCGCAGCUUCGCGUACGACGUCGACUCGGCGCAGGCUGAGGACUGGUUUAGGAGGUGGGAAGCUGGACGCACAGGCUUCCCCUGGAUCGAUGCGUUGAUGCGACAGCUGCGCGUCGAAGGAUGGAUCCACCACUUGGGUCGGCACAGCGUAGCCUGUUUCCUGACGCGGGGCGGGUGCUACGUGUCGUGGGAGCGUGGGCUUGACGUGUUCGAGGAGCUGCUGCUGGACCACGAGCCCUCGUGCAAUGCGGGCAACUGGCAGUGGCUCAGCUGCACGGCCUUCUUCUCGCAAUACUUUCGCUGUUACAGCCCCGUCUCGUUUGGGCGCAAGUGGGAUCCCGAGGGCACAUUUGUGCGCCGCUGGGUGCCGGAACUGGCGGCACUGGAUAAAAAGUACAUAUAUGAGCCGUGGAAAGCGCCCGAGGCGGAGCUGCGCAGGGCGGGUGUUGUUCUUGUGGAUGGAUCUGGAGCUGGGGUUGGAAGAGUCAGGGCUGAAAGUGAAAGGGACGACGACGCGCGACGUACAGGCACGUACAUCACACCAAUGUUCGACUUUGACGAGAGAAGGCGUAUUUGUAUGAGCUCAAUGAAGAUGGCCUACGAUGUCGGCCUCAAAGGAGAUGACCCGAGGGUCCUGGACGGCUCGUGGAGGGAGCUGUUUUCUGAACACGGCAACAGCAACGAUGGCGAGAUGAUGGGCACGGUGAAACAAGAGGAGAGCGACCACGGCGAGCUCGCAGACGAAGCCGACGGGCCAAAGGCGAGGACCGAGGAUGGGCCACACGCAGCCGUGAAGCGCGAAAAGGGGCAGACCACGCUGGACCGUCAUGUGAAGAGGCAGCGUAGGAGUGCAGCCGAGUGA